UCCGUGAGCAGCCAGUCUCGUGUCAGCCCGUCAGGAGCAGAGCGGAGAUCUCUCUGUCAGCCGCGGAAAUGUUCAAAACAGAGAAACUAAAAGCUUUGGUGAAUGAGCGACUGAAAGCCGCCGCCGAGGAAAUAUUCAGCCUCUUUGAAACAACUCUUAAAGACUACGAGGAGAUAGUUUUACGGUCACAGCAGGAGGUGGACCAGCAGCGGAGGAGGCUGACCGGGUGGAGAGGCCCCCUGCAGCUCUCUGUCCAGGAAGAGGACGCUCCCUCUGAGCAGGAUCCCUGUGAGAAGAAGACUGACCUGUGUGAGGAUGACCAGGAGCCUCCACAGAUUAAAGAAGAGCAGGAGGAGGCACCGUGGACCGCUCAGACAGGUGAAAAGCAGCAGGAGGGAGCUGAUACCAAAGACUCUAUGUUCAGUAUAAUUUACGUGCAAAGGAAUGAAGAAGAAGGCAGACAGCUCCCACAUCUAAACCAGAAGGUUGAGGAUAGGGGAGACAGUCUGCCCAGCAGCUCAUGUGAACAGUUGAAAUCUGAACCUGAUAAAGAAGACUGUGGUGCGUCAGAGCCAAACAGUGACUGUCAGAUGAGCGAAGUAAGUGACGAUGAAUUGAGAGACAGGAUGACGCCACAGCAAGCCGGUGAGACAGCAGACAGACCGUACACCUGCAGCAUCUGCAACAAGAAUUUCAGGAUUAAAUCUAUUCUGACCCGCCACAUGAAGACACACACGGGAGAGAAACCCUACAGCUGCAGUGUCUGUGGUAAAAGCUUCAUCCAGCGCUCCUAUCUGCAGACUCACAUGAACUCUCACUCCGGACAGAAGCCGCACACGUGUAGCUUCUGUGGCAGAGGGUUCACACAAGUCGGAAACAUGAAUGCCCACAUACGAAUCCACACGGGAGAGAAACCUCACAGCUGCACUGACUGUGGUAAAAGUUUCAGAGAGAAGGCCGAUCUCAUCAAGCACACCAUAAUUCACACCGGUGAGAAACCUUACAUUUGCACUGUAUGUAAUAUGAAAUUUAGUGCUCAGUCUAAUUUAACGCGCCACAUGAAGACUCAUUCAGGGGAAAGGCCAUAUAGUUGCACUGCCUGUGGGAAAAGAUUCAUUCGGCGCUCACAUUUAAUUAUUCAUAUGAAGACGCACACAGGAGAGAAUCCCUAGAAUGGAGAAAUUAUAUUUGCUCUAUGGUGUUUACUUGAUAAUUUCCUAGUUAGAAUAAACUCAUAAAAUAAAAACUUUGUACAAACCA